CGCACGCGUAGUGCGGCCAGUCAGGUCUCUUGCGUAGGAUUUAGCCGAAUCCCGCGCCGCUCGCUGCUAGGCCGCACUAGCUCGGUGUGACCGUGCGGAGGUGUCUGUAGGCCCGAUACCCUCGAUAGCCUGACUGAGCAGGACCCCCUGACUCCUUCGCUGGCUCUUGUUGUUGUUGUUUUUAUUUUAUUUUUUUGCCGUAGUUGGGGCCCGGUGUUAAACACUCGCCGCCCUCGGUCGGAAGUAGUAGCCGCCGCCGUCGUAGAGUUUUCGAAAUCCUCUCUCUGUAAACUCGCGGCUGGGGUGCCCGUUCCCCUACCGUCCCGUGAGCCGUUACCAUGGUGAAGAAGAACAGUAUCCCGGAAAGAUGGCGAACCUUGUCCUCUGUAGGUCAGCGCAUUCCAGGAUCUCGAUUCAUCGCCUUUAAAGUACCGUUGAAAGGGAUCACAAACCAGCGUGUUACUAAAAACCAGAAGUUUACUCCCAAAGACUUGCUAAAUGAGGUUCGAGUUCAAAACCAAGAGCUUGGGUUGAUAAUCGAUUUAACAAACACGGAGCGAUACUAUACAAUUAAGGAUUUACCUAAAAGUGUUCAGUAUGUAAAAAUGCACACUGCUGGUCUGAAGAUACCAGACGACUCUACAAUUCACCAGUUCAAGAGAAUUGUGAGAAGAUUUAUUUGGAAUAAUACUGAAAAUGAUAAACUUAUUGGAGUUCAUUGUACAACUGGAAUUAACAGAACUGGCUACCUUAUCUGCAGGUACUUGAUUGAUGUCGAUGGAUGGGAUCCUGAAACUGCUAUUAGUACUUUUUCUCAGUGUCGUGGUCACCCAAUCGAGGGAAAUGUUUAUCUUGAUGACCUUGUCAAAGGAGCCACAAGAAGUAAUCUCGGCAUAGACCAGCCUCCAACUGAUGACAUCAUAGGCCCUCUUAGAAAGGAGCGUGAAGAACAGGCAAUAGAAGAAGAGGAGAGUUUCAAACUUACAUAUUCAUUUCUUGACAGAAAUCAUCCAUACUCAGAAGAGAGGCGUAAAGCUGUUGAAGCUUUUUUGGAAGCGAGAAGGAGGACAGAACGCCAAAAGGUUGCGUGGAAAAUGGCAGCUGAGAAACAACUUAAAGAGGAUUUUGGUGACUUUGAUGCACGUAAUGAAAUGCAAGACUUUGAUGCACGUAAUGAAAUGAAAGAACUGAGGCAAGUGCCAAUAACAAUGAGAGCCAGAUCACCGGAUUAUCGUGAUAUUGACUUCCUUAAUGCUAUGUCUGGACCCAGAGAGAGACCUUUUCCACCACACGAGGAAAUUGAUGAUCAUGAAUUUCCUGUGCCAUUUGAACACAGGGAGAGAUUCUUCCAUGGCAGUAUGCUUGAUGAAGAGAUGAUGCAUCCUGAAGAGUAUAGGAGAAUGCAAUUUGAAAAAAGGCGAGAAAUGAGAGGGCCCCAUCCAAUGGAAUUUGAAGGUGAAAUGUUCAUGGAAGAUCAUGAUUGUUAUGACAUAGGACCAAGAGAGAUGCCAAGACCUGCUCAUGGUAGGCAACCUGAUAUGUCACGAGAAAACAUGGGUUAUGAUGAUAUCAGACAAAGGGGUAGGUUUGGCAAACAUCCUGGUUUGCACAUGUAUCCUGAAGAAGAAGACUUUGAAAAUGGGCCAGGUGGACCAAUGCCUCGGCCUUACCCUGGACAAUUUAGGCAUGGUGGACCGAAUUUAGACAAUGAUGAUAUUGAUGAAAUGGAUGCUAGGCAUAGGUUUGAGCGAAAUCAAGCUUUGAAAUCCCAGGCUAUUAUGGAAAUGGAAGAGCGCCAUCCCUUUGAUGACCAUGGAUUUCACCCAAGAGAGGCUGCACAUAUGCCUGGACCAAUGCGUGGCCGACCAAUGGAUGGCCCAAUCAAUGAAAGGAUGCGCCCAAUGGGUGAAGGGAUGCGCCCAAUGGGUGAAGGGAUGCGCCCAAUGGGUGAAGGGAUGCGCCCAAUGGGUGAAGGGAUGCGCCCAAUGGGUGAAGGGAUGCGCCCAAUGGGUGAAGGGAUGCAUCCCAUGGAUGAACGCAUGCCCCCUAUGAGUGAUGGGAUGCGUCCCAUAGGAGAAAGAAUGCACCCCAUGGCCAAACGUAUGCAUCACAUGGAUGAACAGAUGCUUCCUAUGGAAGAACGUAUGCAUCCGAUGGCCAAACGCAUGCAUCCCAUGGAUGAACAGAUGCAUCCCAUGGGCAAACGUAUACGCCCCAUGGAAGAAAGGAUGCAUCCUAUGGAUGAACGCAUGCGUCAUAUGGAUGAAAGAAUGCACCCUAUGGACGAACGUAUGCGGCCCAUGGAGGAAAGAAUGCACCCCAUGGACGAACAGAUGCAUCCCAUGGGCAAACAUAUACGCCCCAUGGAUGAAAGAAUAGGCUCUAUCAGUGAAGUGAUGCACCCCAAAGAUGCUCGUCUUUCAAUGAACAAACCCAAUGUGAUUCCAGGCCCAAUGAGAAAUGAUCCAAUGAACGAACGCAUCCCAAGAUUGGCCGAAGGCAGGAAGACUAUGCCCCCCGAAGAACUGAUGCAAGGAGUUAAAAGAUUUGCGCCUUAUCCUUCGCAAAUGAAAGCUAUGCAGCCCAACAAGGAGAGGCCCGGACCACUUCCUACUCCCUCGAUAAACUACAACUAUGGCAUGCCUAGUAGUAAUCAGAAUCAACAAAGUUACCCGUCACAGGCUUAUCCUCCAGCAAAAUUGUAUAAUUGAAUGUCUUUUUUUAUUGUUUGUGUGUCUAUCACAGGACAACAAAUUACAAAAAGCUAUUCACUAAAGUGUGAAUUGCCAGGAAUUCGAACUCCAUUUCAUAUUUGAGGCUAAAGUAGCCGAACGGAAAGCAUCGCUAACUUGGAGGGUUUGUACAGUUUGGUUAUUUUUCCAUUCCUGGCAACUCACACUUUAAUAAAUAACCCUAAAAGAUAAUUUUUGUUUGAUUUUGGUGAGCUAGCCAGGUGUAGUUAGUGAGUUAUUUGUAUAUUGUCAUAUUUCUGUUCUGGAAAACCAUAGAAUUUGGUUGUUACUUCCAAACACUUGUUUUGUUUAUUUUGUUUGUUUGUUUCUUGCUUCUGUAACUUUUUUUUUUUUGUUCUUUUUCGUUUCAAACCUCCCUUA